AUGACGGAAGAAGAAAAGGGCCAAGCAAUUGGGAUCGAUCUGGGGACGACUUACUCUUGCGUGGCAGUGUGGCAGAAUGAUCAUGUGGAAAUCAUAGUGAACGAUCAAGGCAACAGGACUACUCCUUCUUAUGUUGCCUUCAAUGAUGCUGAACGAUUGGUUGGGGAUGCAGCAGUUAACCAGGUCCUCAAAAACCCAACCAAUUCCAUCUUUGAUGCUAAGCGGUUAAUAGGUAGGAGAUUCGGUGACAACAUUGUUCGGAUUGAUAUGAAGAUGUGGCCAUUCAAGGUAAUUGAAGGUGUUGAUGACAAGCCUAUGAUUGUGGUUACUCAUGAGGGUCUGGAGAAACUGUUUGCUGCCGAAGAGAUCUCCUCCAUGGUUUUGGCAAAGAUGCGGGAGAUUGCUGAGCAGUACCUUGACUCACCUGUGAAAGGUGCAGUUAUCACUGUCCCUGCUUACUUCAGUGACUCCCAGCGACAGGCUACAAGAAAUGCGGGUGAAAUUGCAGGCCUAAAAGUGAUGCGUAUUAUCAGUGAACCGACAGCUGUGGCAAUUGCCUAUGGCCUUGAAAAGAGGGCUGGCUGGUAUAGCAAGAGAAAUGUGAUGGUAUUUGAUUUGGGUGGUGGAACUAUAGAUGUCUCGCUGCUGAACAUUUGUUCUGGGGUCUUUGAAGUUUUGGCUACAGCCGGGGACACUCACCUAGGUGGUGAAGAUUUUGAUAACCGAAUGGUUAAGUACUGUGUUGAGGAAUUUAAGAAGAAGCAUAACUUGGACGCAAAGAGGAGACUCUCAUUUGUAUCUUCUGUUGACAUUGAACUCGACUGUUUGGAUAAGGGCAUUGACUUCUAUCUAACUUUCACUCGUGCCAAAUUUGAACAACUGAACAUGGAUUUCUUCAACAAGUGUAUGGAGCCUGUGGAGAAGUGUUUGGGGGAUGCUAACAUGGAUAUAACUGCUGUGCAUGAUAUUGCAGUGGCAUAUGGUGCUGCUGUUCAAGCUGCAAUCUUGAGUGGAAAUGGAAAUGAGAAGCUUCAAGACGUCGAUCUCUUGGAUGUCACACCUCUAUCACUUGGAGUGCGGAUUCGUGAUGAUGAAAAUUUCAUGUGUGUUGUCAUUCCAAGGAACACCAGAAUUCCUGUCACGAAAAAGAGGAAACUUACUACUCGUUUCGACAACCAACUUGGCAUCGAACUUGCAAUUUUUGAAGGUGAGUGUGAAAUAACUUUAGAAAACAACUUUUUGGGUCAAUUUACGCUUGAUGGCAUUCAUCCGGCCCCUACUGGUGUUCCCAGAAUAGAUGUCAUGUUUGAUAUUGAUGAAAAUGGAAUCCUCAGUGUCUCAGCUAAGGACAAGUUCACUGGUCAGGAAAAAAGAAUUACAUUCACUAGUGAUAUAAGAACUUUGUGAGGGAAUUAAAGCAGUUCAGACCAGAAAAGCAGAAGAAAAGAUGCAACUACGCAAGCAAGGAAAGAGUAUCUGUUUGAGUUCUGUUCUAUAGUCUAACUUUAUAUUGGGAAUCUUAUGUUACUUAACAUAGUGCGCUCCUGCACUCUUCGUAAAAUCUUUUUCUGUUUCUCAGUUCUCAUGUUCUUUU